UCUUCUAUAGCAUCUUCCAAUACUGAGAACCAAGCAUUCCAAAAAUUACUGGUUCUAUCAGGCCGUAACUCUAUAACUAUACGUAUAAGGAAUAUUUACUAUCUCCAGCUUUGCUAAUCUUUGGUAAGGCAAUAAGGCAUCAGUAUAAGGCGUUUUAUUGACUCACUUCUCUACCAGCCAGACCUUCUAUAAGCCGCAAGCCCACCACAAAGCAUCGGAUUAAGGGUAUUGUUUGGCCAUGGCGGACUAUCCACCCGAAAUUACGGCCAGUGAAGAGGCCAGGCUGACAGAGGUGAUCAAGGACUGGGCGCUUGCCCACGGCCUCACUGUCCGACCACCCCCUGCUCUCGUAGCCGCCGAAGCCGAUCCUAGGGGAAUUUUGGCCACCGCGGUACCAGUGACACUCUUCCCUAGCCCCUUUCCUAAGAUCUGCUUUGAGCAGGGCAUCGCUGUGCAAAAGGUGUACAAUGAGCUUUAUGCCUCUAUCAGUCAGGACGAGGAAUUCCUGGCUCGGAUGGUGAAAGAAAUAGGGGACAGCGAUGAGUUCAUUACGGACUUGUGGAAAGUCCACUUACGGGUAAAGGACGAGGGAUAUGUUCAACACAAAAGCUUAGGCCUAUUUAGGUCAGAUUACAUGGUGCACCAGGACGCAAGUGGCUCAGGACCACAGAUCAAACAGGUCGAGUUCAACACCAUCGCCUCGUCCUUUGGAGGUCUCUCAUCUCAGACCUCCCAGCUUCACAUAUACCUCUCAUUAACAGAAUAUCCCUUAAUCGAAAGGGCAAUUCCAAGAGAUACCUUAACCUUACCCCCUAACACUAGUGCAGCUGGACUGGCCUCCGGAAUCAAGGAGGCAUUUAUAUCCUAUGGUGCCUCAACCACGGGUCACAGCAAAUGUGUCAUCUUCCUAAUCCAAGAAGGAGAGCGUAACAUCUUUGACCAGAAGCAUCUCGAGUACUCACUUCAAUCCUCAACUAACCCCAUAAUCCCCGUGUUCCGGUUACCAUUCUCACAGAUCGAAGAGCACACCUAUAUCGCAAACGGCGCAGGCCGGCAACUCCUGUACACACCACCGCACCUCCCAACGCGUACUUUCGAGGUAGCCGUGAUAUACAUGCGCUCAGGGUACGGGCCGGGCGACUAUCCCGACGCCCGCGCCUGGGAAGGACGGUACCAUCUGGAGCGAUCGGCGGCGAUCAAAUGCCCAUCGAUAUUGACGCAGAUCGCGGGGACGAAGAAAGUGCAACAAGUCCUCGCCUCACCCACGACGCCCUCAAACCCGUCCAUAAUAGGCCAGUAUCUGUCCUCGAGUUCUUCAUCCUCUGUAUCCGCUCUGGCGAGCACGUUCACAAACAUUUACCCACUCGACACAAGCGAGGCGGGUAUGAAGGCACGCGCAAUCGCCAUGGACCCGGAGCUCUGCAAGGGCUACGUGCUGAAGCCGCAGCGUGAAGGGGGCGGCAACAAUAUCUACCGUGGCGCGAUCCCGCCGUUCCUAGAAAGCGUGCCCGAGGCCCACUGGCCGUCGUACAUCCUUAUGGAGCUGAUCACACCGCCACCCGUGCGCAACAUGAUUCUUCGGAACGGCGAGCUGGAGCAGGGCGGUGUGAUAUGCGAGCUCGGUAUCUACGGGACGUGUUUAUGGGAUCAGAAGGCGAAGACUAUCUCGCAUAACGAGCAGGUAGGAUACCUGUUGCGGACCAAGGGUGAUCAGAGCGAAGAAGGCGGGGUGGCCGCAGGAUUCGGGUGUAUGGAUAGCUGUACGCUGGUAUGAGAUUUGUGUCCGAGGUUUACGUAGUUGGGACCAAACUGUGUCCAUCCCAGAUACCAAUAGUCGUUGCAUAGUCAUGGUAGCAUUAGGCGUUGAAUAAGUUAUAGAUCCAUUGCCAAUUGAGACAUCCUGUAUUGGUCUCGUGCUAUCGAAUCUGUGGGGUAUAUACACACCCGUUCAGUAUUAUACAGCAAAGCCCACUAGCCCCUAUUUCUUCUCUAACAGAGCCAUAGAAAGGAAGAGAAAUCAGAUGGCAUAUUUGCCUUCCGCCAAGAUCAUGGAACAUAGAGUAC